CCUAUGUUUUUGUUUCCUCCUCGCCCCAGCAAAAAGAGAAAGAAUCGGAGUGAGACGGAAAAAACGAAAUAAUUGUCAGUGCAAUCUGUCAAUGUGUGUCCAAAAUGGUAGAAGUAAAGGAAAAAUGAUGUUUCAAUUCAUAUAUUUAGCAAAAUAUCGGCGAAAAUGUGUUUGGUUUUCACCUGUGUUGUGUACGUUGGCCAUCUUGCUGGUGAACCUGUGCCUGGAGGUGUCCAGCAAGUGUAGCGAGCACGAAGAGGACCCCAAUGGCUCUUGCAUGAAUGGCGGAUUCUGUCGCAAUGGGAGUUGUGUGUGCCCGGAAGGGUGGCAGGGCUCAGAGUGCCAGUUCUGCGGUGGAAAAGUCAGACUCACCCAUCCCUGGGGCAACAUCCACGAUGGCAUCGGCAACUACUCGAUCGGGGUGAAGUGCAGCUGGCUGAUUGACGCCAGAGACCAUGGCGUGCUGGCACAUUCCCUCGCCCCGGGUGCCUCCCGGAGGCCGUCGAGCAUCCGGAUCCACCUGGAGGAGUUCGCCACGGAGUGCGGCUGGGAUCAUCUGUACGUGUACGACGGAGACAGUGUGGAGUCCCCGUUACUAGCUGUUUUCAGUGGCCUCAUGUACAAGCAGAACUUCUCCAUUCGUCGCGUUCCGGACGUGGUGGCGCACUCGGGCUCCGCCCUGCUGCACUUCUUCAGCGAUGACGCAUAUAACAUGUCGGGCUUCAACAUCUCGUACAAGAUCAACGGAUGUCCAACGACAGACUCGCGUCUCGUGUGCUCCGGACAUGGUUUCUGCGACGAAGGAAUAUGCAAUUGUGAUGCUUUUUAUAUUGGAUCCGCCUGUAAUGUGCCAAUCUGUCCAAACAACUGUUCCGCCCACCUCGGCCAGGGUGUCUGUGAUCGCGAGGGUCACGCAUGCUCAUGCAAUGCCGGCUUCGCGGGUAGCGAUUGCUCUCAGUUGGAGUCUCUGGGUUACUGGGACACUGUGGAGCCUGACUUCGCCCCAGCUGGCAGCGCCUCCCAUGGGGCGGCAGUGUGGCGUGACACCCUCCACAUAAUCGCCGGGGAGAGCUAUGGACGCGGACAGUUGCUCACCAUGUACGACUUCAAUGGGAACGUGUGGGAGACGGCUCACGUGGAGGGGACAAACUACCCAGAACUGCGAUAUGGAGCGUCCACGGUGAUGUAUGGGGACAAGAUCUUCAUGUAUGGCGGCGUGAUUGGGAACAAGGGUGUGUGCGGAGAGCUCUGGGCUUUCGAUGUGAGUGCGAGGAGUUGGGAGAAUAUCACAGUGAAGAUUGAUCAGUGUAAUGCCUCGUACGCCAUGUGUGGACCUCUGAAGUCCGCGGGACACACGGCCACCCUUAUUCCUGGCUUUGAGAAUGGGAAAAAGGGCAACUAUCAGUACAUGGUGGUCAUCUUUGGCCACUCGCCGCAGUUUGGGUAUCUCAAUACGGUGCAGGAGUACAACUUCGGCACGCGAGAGUGGAAAAUCGUCCCGACCAGAGGGUUUCCUGUGAAGGGCGGCUACGGACACAGUGCCAGCUACGAUUGGCUGACGGAGAAGAUUUAUGUGUAUGGAGGAAUUGUGUCUGAGAGCGAGAGCAAUCAGUUGCUGAGCAACCGGCUGUACAGCUACGAACCGUUCACGCGCACUUGGACACUUCUAUCGUCCGCGUCCACGGCGAGAUUCUUGCACACGGCCAACUUCGUCUCGCCAGGACUCAUGAUGGUGUUCGGCGGCAACACCCACAAUGAUACGUCUCACAGCUUUGGCGCCAAGUGCUAUAGUCGUGAGCUGAUGGUUUACGAUGUGAUCUGUGACUCUUGGCACACGCAGCACAUGCCGGACGAAUUGCGCACGGAUCUAGCUCGAUUCGGCCACUCUGCAAUGAUGUUUGAGAAGUCUCUAUUCAUUUACGGUGGAUUCGACGGGCAAAUGAUUGGGGACAUGAUUAAGUACACUCCUGGAAACUGUCACAGUCUGCAGAAGCCCGAGACGUGUUUGAACACGCGACCGGGAGUGAAGUGUGUGUGGGAUAUCCAAAAGUCAAAGUGUCAUUCCGUUUCGGAUGUCCAGAAGACAGUAGUUUUCAGUCGGGAUCAGGAUGUCUAUAUGACCUGUCCCGAGAUGAGUCGCAUGCAGAUGACGCAGCAGCAUCUUCAUGACUCUGAACGCUGUGGAGAGCUGGCGGACUGUCAGAGUUGCGUCUCCACAUCCUUCGACUGCACAUACUGUGGCAGUGGAGCGUGCUCCAAGGACAAGUGCCGGGAUGCAAUUAUCGAGGGCAAUGGCAAUAUAUCGGUUCCAAUGAAGGAGAUUGAUCAAUGCGUCAAGGAUCCCAAUCCAGUUUGCCUUCAGCUGCACGGAUGCCAGGCUUGCACGGCGAAUACACAAUGUCACUGGGAUUAUGAGGCGAGUCGAUGCAAGGCGGCGGGAAAUCGCACGGCCAAUGAUAUCGCAGAUACUCUUCCCUGUCCUCCAGCCUGUGCGGCGCUCACAAGCUGCGAGAAUUGCACUCAGGGUGAGUGCAUCUGGUGCCAAAAUGAGCAGCGAUGCGUGGACAAGAAUGCCUACACUGCGAGCUUCCCCUACGGCCAGUGUCGCGAGUGGACGACCAUGUCGACGAAAUGUCGGGCCGCUGUAUCCGGGAAGUCGCAAUGUGGCUUCUACCGGACGUGUACUCAAUGCCGCGAUGAUCCGGCGUGCGGUUGGUGUGAUGAUGGAUCGCGCACGGGAUUGGGGAAGUGUCUGCCAGGCGGAGACAGUGGUCCUCAGGAGGAGAUGGAGUGUCCAGCUCGACGUUGGCACUUCACCCAUUGUCCCAGUUGUCAGUGCAAUGGUCACAGCACCUGUAUUGACGGAUACACGUGUCGGCAGCCGUGCGGAAACCUGACAACAGGGCCACACUGUGACAAGUGCCGCACAGGAUUCUGGGGCAAUCCCGUGAAUGGAGGCACUUGUCAGCAAUGCGACUGCAAUGGUCAGGCUACCCAUUGCAAUAGUGAGACUGGGAAAUGCUAUUGCAGCACUAAAGGUCUGGCUGGGGAUCACUGCGAGAAGUGCGAUGCCACCAAUCACUAUCAUGGUGAUCCAAGCAAGGGUAGUUGCUAUUAUGAUCUCACCAUUGACUACCAGUUCACCUUCAAUCUCUCCAAGAAGGACGAUCGGCACUUCACUCAGAUCAACUUUCGAAACUCACCUAUGAAAUCCGACGUGGAUGCCGAUUUCACUAUAAUAUGCAGUGUUCCUGCUAAGAUGAACAUCACAAUACGAACGGCUGGAGGUCCUGAAAAGCCUCUUAUCACCGGCGUCAAUUGCUCUACAUUUCGACAUAGGUUCUCCAAGACGGAGCAUCUGUUUGGUGUGGAGGACAAUGUUACACUGACCACGUUUUACGUGUACGUGUAUGAAUUUCAGCCGCCUCUUUGGAUACAAAUCGCCUUCUCGCAGUAUCCGAAACUGAAUUUACAGCAAUUUUUCAUCACAUUUUCCACUUGCUUCCUUCUUCUACUUCUCAUGGCAGCGAUUUUGUGGAAGAUCAAGCAGAAGUACGACAUGUUCAGGAGACGCCAAAGGCUAUUUGUGGAGAUGGAACAAAUGGCAUCGCGCCCCUUUAGCCAGGUCUUGGUGGAGAUUGAAAACAGGGAUUUCAAUGAGCUUUCGCCGGCUGUUGAGACAAUAACAACAGUGCCGAAGAAGAAAAAGAAGGAUUCACCAAGUCCCAUUGCCCUGGAACCGUGCAGUGGCAACAGAGCUGCGGUUCUCUCACUUCUAGUCCGGCUGCCAACGGGUGGCCAUCAACACGCUCCGCCAGGUCAGGUGGCUGGAUUGGCGGUGGCAAGUGCUCUCGUGACUCUUGGCAAUCCACGAAGGCCAUCUAUUGAGCACCCGAAGGAGCCUAAAGCUAAACGAAAACAGAGUCAACAUCCAGACAGUUGUAUAUAAGAGGAGUAUACUGUGUGUGUUUAAUUUAGAAAAGGCGUGCAGAGAUUUCUGGGAGUGUGUUUGAUGCGGAGAUGAGAAAAAUUGAUUUCUUAAGAACAAACCCACCCUCCGAUCGGGGGGUUGCGGUGGGAGGGAAGAUGGUGCGUGUAUGAGUGUGAUGGUGUGACGAGAUAGCAAUUAUACUUCAAUAACUUAGGUAUUAUUUUUGCAAUUUUGAUCGACAACAAUUCUAAGAUUCUAAGUCUAUUUAGAACAAAAUUACUCUACCUACUAUGAAUACACCUACUCCCCACGUAUUUAAUCAUCUAACAAUACAAAGAAGUACAUACAUAUAUUUUUUAUGACAUCGUGCUACCCUAGAGUCGAGUGAAAUUCAAGUGAAAUCAAAUUGAGUAGAUUUUCUGCCAGACGAUAUAGUGUUUGAACGAAAAUACAUUUUACUGCUGCCACUGAUAAAGAUUAUAAUUGUAUAUCAUUAAUGGAGGAUAAUUCUGUCCGCUUUUUUUUAUUCCCUUUUAUGAUGUGUAGAAUUUGUGUUUGACUUUUGUUUUACAAUCUAAUCAUUCGAAUCAAAUACACACGAUUAUUGAUAAGGGGUUAAAAAGAAAGAGAAUAGAGAUGAAGAGGUGAAAACAUAUAUUCUAACAAUUUCAAAUAAUUAAUAAUAAAUAAAUGAAUAAAUGAGAGAUGAAAGAGAAAAUGAGAGAGAGAGCAAAAUAAUACGAUGUAAAACAUUUUAGAUAAUUAAAAUACUCAAAAAUAUUAAUUUUUAAUGUGAUAGCUAUUAGAUUUUUAGGGUUUUUAAAGAAAGUGACGACGAUUGGAGACGGAUUAGUGUGCUAAAAAAGAAGAGAAAAAAAAAACAAAACACAUUACUAUUGUGACUUUUUGCCUCAAUGUAACACUCUUUCAUUAUGUUUUCCUGUGCUCCUAUAAUUCUUUAUUGUUUUCAUAAUUGCUCAGUGGAUUAUUUUCUUCAUUGCCUUUCUUCUCUUCUUACAUACUUUUACAAUAGUAAAGUAUUGCACACAUGCGCGAAAAAAAACACACUUAUUUAUGUGCACAGAUAUACAAUUUAUGUUCUUUCCUCUUGCUGAGUUAUGUUUGUCAUGUAGGAACAAGAUUACAAGUGAGGUAAAUACUGUAUUUAGGAAAUGAGAAUUACUAUUUCACCAUGAUGAUUAACAACAGGGGUAUCUGUAAUAGAAGAAUGCUGAAGAAGUGGCUGAUGUGAGAGAAAGAGAAUAAUCAUUAAUGGAUAAAGGGUACUUAGAAGUGUGAGCAGAUGAGAUGAAAUAAGAUAGUAAAGUGUGAGAAGACAAAAUUAAUGUAUAAAACAUACAGAUAAAGGCUGAAUAAGUAAGAAUUUUCACAAUUGUACGUGAGGAAAAGAUUUAUAUACGGAAUAUAUACAGUAAGUAGUUGUCCCUCGUAUAAGAAUUACAGAAAAAAAUGAUAGAAAAUGCUUUGUCAAAGUAUUUUUUCCAGCGUUCUUCUUGCUCAAUGGAUCAAGUGAAAGGCAAAGUCAUGAAAUAUUCGGAGUCAGUGUGGUGGAUUAUAAAGGAAAAUUGUGGGUGACAAAGAGAAGAAAAAUAGUUGUACAAUAUUAAUUAUUUAAAUAUCAAUUGUUUGCCAUUGUCAUAGAGCUUCUCUGCUAGAUUUGAUAUAUUUCUUUAUGACCUCUUUGCAUAUCAUCUUGUUGGUAUCUUCAACAGAAUUCAGUUAACAGUCACAAAGUGUUCAUGCAAAGUCUACAAAUAAUUUCAACUAAUGCAUUUUUUGUUACUCUGAUCAUUUCAUAUCUAUAUUUGAGUAUUACGAGUUUUUUUUUUAAUUUGUUUAUGUAUUCUAAAGUGUGAGGGUCGAGUGUAUUAUUUAGUUUAGAGGAUGUGGAGGAGAGAAAAAGGAGUUUUCCAAUAUGUUUUUUUUUGUAGAUCAAGUGGAAAACAUGACCCCCUGGAGUUAUUAUUUUUGAUACAGAUAGCAUCUCUUUUAUGUUUGUGUAACUACUGAAUUUUGUAAAUAUUAUAUUUUUUAGAGAUUGAAGGAAAAAGAUAUUUUUAUUUACGUUUACUGAAUGCAUUAUAUUAGACAAAACUAAUUAUACAUACUGCAUUAUUGAGAAAAAUUGUACAUAGACAUUACAAUAAAGAGAGGAAUCAG